AUGUAUGGCAACACUGAGGAUAUCCAGUCAGGUACAAAGGAUGUAUCUAUGGUAGAUGUAUCAGCGGUGAACAAAACAGGUGACUCAAAGGAGGAACACGCAGCACCACCUCAAAGAAGAAAGUCGACCUUGCUUCUCAAUGAUGACAUUGAUUUGGACCGCAUGAACAUAGACGAAGGUAAUAAUCAAGACAGAAUGAAUAUCGACCAGUCAUCCACUCAGCUCGCACUGCAAUCACAAGCACUGACACAGUCAGAAUCUCAUAGCCAAUAUCUGGCACAGUCACAAACCUCAGCACAUGGUAACAAUUCGCAUCAACAAGAACUGUCUCAACCGAUAGAGCCCACGAUAGAUCCAAAUGUAACCAUUCCAGUUGAAAUUAAAUGGGUUCAAGGAGGAGAAAAAGUGUACGUUACUGGUUCGUUUACUGGUUGGAGGAAAAUGAUAGGGUUAUCGAAACAAUCAGACAAUAAUUUUUCCAUAACUUUAGGAUUACCAGUUGGAACUCACAGGUUCAGAUUCGUCAUAGAUAAUGAACUCAGAUUUUCAGAUUUUCUUCCUACAGCAACUGACCAAAUGGGUAAUUUUGUCAAUUACGUUGAAGUAACUCCUGAGCAUAUCCGGUCGCAUUUGGCCCAAGAACAGCAAUUGGGCGAGGUGGAGAAUAACAAUGAUCUGACUCAACAACUGUCGCAGCAUCCUACUCGUAAAUCAUCCGUCUCGAGAACUGCUACCAGAACUGACUCAAUGUGGGGUUUAACGAAUGAUGAUGACGAUAUGGGCAAUGGUUACUCCAGAUAUCAUGACGAUGUCGAUGCAGAUGAAAAUGGAAACAAAAAAGCAUUCCAAUAUAUUAACGAUAUACCUCCUAUUUUUACUGACCCUAAGGUUAUGGAGCAGUACUACGUUGCAAUCGAUAAACAAUCAAAGAGUUCAAAUGGUCAACAAGCUUGGCUCCACCCUCCUCAAUUACCUCCACAUUUAGAAAGUGUGAUUUUGAACAACUUUAAUUCAAAUGACAAGGAUAAUAAUUCAGGAGCUUUACCCAUCCCAAAUCAUGUUGUGUUAAAUCAUUUGGCUACAACCAGCAUCAAGCACAACACUCUAGCAGUUGCAUCGGUUGUGAGAUACAAAAGAAAGUAUGUUACUCAGAUAUUGUAUGCCCCUUUGCAGCAAUAA